AUGAAAAACGGCAAUCCUCCUUUUUUUAAAGUUGACACCAGUCUCGCUUCUGAAGGUGGCUGCCAAUCUCCAACUCCUUCGACACCAAUGUCUGCCUACAUACCAUUCACUUCAGCAAAAAAAUCGUCGCCGAUGUCGCCCUCGAAGGAACCCUCUCCUAGACUUCCCACUCCUCCACCUUUACCAAGACAGCUAGAUCCAAAAGAAUAUCCUUUGGCUGAUACUCCAACUCCUCCAGCGCUUAAACGUUUUUGCUUCGAUUUGAACGGACAACCUGCCUACAUUAGAGAGGACGAAGAUUCGGAACAACAAAUUAUCAAGCUUCAAGAAGCCUUGUAUAAUAUGCGCGCGUCUUCUACCCCAACAACGAGAACGGUCAAGAAAAGUGUUACUUCGACUCAGCAAUCAUUUAAUGAUAAUUAUAUAGAUUCUAUACCUUCUGGAUGUGGUGCUCGUAAAAGACCGGCUUCUCCUAUUGAACCAGUAAUCGAUUUCUCUGCUAACGCUCAACAUCAAAAUAGUAUAAAUACUUAUACUAAACUAUCACGAGAACGUAGGUCUUUAUCUCCUCCUCAUAAAAAGGUCCGUGCAAAACCUGUAAACUCUAUGUUGGAACAAGAAAACGAGCUGGCCUCACAGAGACAAUGGAUGGAAUUUAGUACAGAUUUUCUGGACAAUAAUAUUAGUUCAGGAAUUACAAUACCAAGAACUAAUACUCCAUUGAGUACUGUACAAGGUGAAUCAUCAACAUCAAUAAUUACUCAACAGGUUCCUACUGCUUCUAGACCUUUUAAUACUAUAUCAACUUCAAACCUUGGAAUGGAUACUCCUUCAACUACGAGAAGUACUCAUUCAUCCGCUCUUCCAUCUCCUUCACUGUCUCCUAUUACUGGUGUUUCAACUUCACCUACUGAUACAUCUAAUACUCCUAGCUUAUGGGAUUUGAACACUAUGCUUACAACAUUUGAUGCUUUACCAGCUUCAAUGAAAUCUUAUAUGUUAUUCCAACUUCUUCGUCGUUGUCCAACAAAUACACUCCAAUAUGUUAGUAAUAUUAUUUUACCAGCCUUAAGGAAAGAUUUUGUUGGAACACUUCCUCUUGAACUCAGUCUACAUAUAGUGAGGUAUUUAGAUGCUGGAAGUAUGUGUAAGGCAGCUCAAGUUAGUAAAAGAUGGAGAAAUGUUAUUGAUGGUGAUGGUUUAACAUGGCAACGUCGUCUUAAAUUAGAUGGAUUCGGUUUAGAUAUUAAUGAGGAAGCACGUGCUAUUGCAGAAAAUUGGGGACUUUUACGCCCGAUAAAAUCCACUCAUAGUAUAAAUAGACAAUUGGAUGGUACAAACAAUGAAAGUGGUACUUCAUCCUCUGAAGAGAGAACUGUUGUAGAGAUCGAUGAUGAUGAAACUGAUCAUAUGAGAGUAGUUAAUGAAGAUAAGGAGGGUUCAUCAUCUGGAUUAGAUGUUUAUAGGACUAAUCUUAGUAAUGAUAAUAUGGCAGUUGAUUCAGUUGAUAUUGACAUUUCAGAUCAAAAAGAUAGUUUGAUUGUUGAUAAUAAUAAUAAUGAAUUACAAGAUUCUAUCACUCUUUCGCCAACAGGAACUGAUGAACCACCAUCUUCUUCUUCAGUUGGUACUAGUUCAUUGUUUGAAAGUAAUGAUAAUAUCGAACCUUCAGAAGAACAACCACCACUUCCACCAUCUGCAAGUCAUCCAUAUAAAGCUAUUUACCGUCGUCAUUAUCUUAUGAGACAAAAUUGGGUUAAUGGUCGACAUAAACAUAUAUCUUUUCAAGGUCAUGGCAAUAAUGUUGUUACAUGUCUUCAAUUUGAUUCAGAAAAGAUAAUUUCAGGGUCUGAUGAUCAAUGCAUUAAUGUUUAUGAAACUUUAACGGGUAAAUUAAUUAAUCGACUUGAAGGUCAUGAUGGAGGAGUUUGGGCAUUACAAUAUGUUGAUAAAACGUUAGUGUCCGGAUCAACGGACCGAACAGUAAGAGUGUGGGACCUUGAAAAAGGCAUUUGCACACAUGUUUUCCCAGGGCAUACGAGUACAGUUCGAUGUCUUCAAAUUAUAAUGCCACAAAAUGUUAAUACCAAUCCUAAUGAGCCACCAAUUAUCGAACCACCAUAUCCUUUGAUAGUUACAGGAUCAAGGGACUCUACCUUAAAAGUUUGGCGUCUUCCAGACCUUGAAAAAAAUGAUCCUCAAUAUCAACCUAUAAUUCCAUCAUCACCAUCAGAUAAUUCACCAUAUCCAGAAAAUCCUUAUUUUGUUCGUACACUUCAAGGACAUUCACAUUCAGUUCGUGCUUUAGCAGGAGUUGGAAACACUUUAGUAAGCGGAAGUUAUGACUGUUCAGUGAGAGUUUGGAACAUUAUGACUGGUGAAUGCCUUUGGCGGUUAAUAGGACAUACACAAAAAGUAUACUCUGUUGUAUUAGACGCAAAACGAAAAAGGUGCAUGAGUGGAAGUAUGGAUGGUACAGUAAAGGUAUGGAGUUUAGAGGAUGGAACAAUUGUCUGGACUUUAGAAGGUCAUUCAUCUCUUGUUGGUCUUCUAGAUCUUUCUCAUGACUUUCUUGUUUCUGCUGCUGCUGAUUCUAGCCUUCGUAUAUGGAAUCCUGACGAUGGAACUUGUAAACAUGUUUUGACUACACAUUCUGGAGCCAUUACAUGUUUCCAACAUGAUGAGAGUAAGGUUAUAUCAGGAUCAGAUGGAACACUUCGAAUGUGGGAUGUUAAGACAGGUCGCCAACAACGAGACUUAUUAACUGGCUUAAGUGGAGUCUGGCAAGUUAGAUUCGAUGAACGUAGAUGUGUCGCUGCGGUUCAAAGAAAUUCUGUAACGUGGUUUGAUGUCUUAGACUUUGGUGUAUAUGGAAUUGAAGAAGAAUAG